AUGAGCACGGACGGAAAAGAGGAGGGGUACAUCCCUCUCGUGUUUGAGGAAGAGGAGACGGGCAGAGAGAAAAUGUGGCGCAAGAUGAAGCAGGACCCCCUGGUGCCGAUCGGUUCGCUGCUGACGUGCGGCGCGCUGAUCUACGCCUCGGGUCAGCUCAAGAGCGGGAACCGCGAGACGUUCCAGCGUGCGCUGCGCUGGCGUGUCAUCUUCCAGACACUGACCGUCGCGGCGGCAGCGGCGAGUCUCUUCUUUUUCAAGCCGCCGACGGCGCAGGUGCCCCCGCCGAACGCGGACGGCUCGCCGGCGCCGAUGCCCUACUGGAACAAGGAGAAGGAGGAGCGCCGCGCCGCCGAGCACGACCUCGAGUGGCGCCGGCGCUUCCAGGAUGCACACGCACGCGACGAACGCGAGAAUGCGGCGGUGCAGCGCAUGGUCCAGGAGGAGAUCGAGGCGCGGGAAAAGGCCGCCACAGCGCCUCCGGAGGAGCCGCGGAAGCGCGUCUUUCCCAAACUUGGGCAGGACAAGCGCUCGUUCACGUUCCAGCAGUAG